CCCUAUCAGGGAACUUACGAUCAUCUUUUGGAAGUCCCGGUCACUCGGGACCAGUUAAACCACUAUCGGAAUGCAGCUGAAAACGCUCGAAGUGAUCUUGCGGCAACUUUGGUCAAAUUCGAAUGUGCUCAGUCUGAGCUUCGAGACCUCCGAUCCAAGAUGCUUUCGAAAGAAGUUUCCUGUCAAGAGUUGAAAGCUGAAAUGGAAAACUACAAAGAAAACAAUGCCAGAAAAUCAUCUCUCCUCACCUCUUUGAGAGACCGAGUUCAGGAGCUAGAGGAAGAAUCAGCGGCACUUUCCGCUUCUAAAAUUAGAACAGAAAUCAUGGCUCACACUGCAACUAAGGAGAACCAGGAGUUAAAGAAGAAAGUGAUAGAACUAGAUGAAAAAUUACAAAUGUGUUUAAAGGAAAACGAGAAGAAUAAGAAUCAAAUCUCAACGAACUGCAGGAAACAUGAGGAAUUUCUAGCUCAACUUCAUGAUUGCUUAGAUCCAGACAAGAAGAAUGAAGAGGCAUCAGAUGAAGAUUUAAUUCUAAAGCUAAGAGAGCUGUGCAAGGAAAAUGCAUUUGCGAAAGGACAAAUCGUUACUCUUGAAGAGACUAUAAAUGUCCAUGAGAUGGAGGCAAAAGCUAGCAGAGAAACGAUCAUGAGGCUGGUUUCAGAAGUGAACAGAGAGCAGAAAAAAGCAGCCUCCUGCACUGAAGAGAAGGAUAAGCUGAACCAGGACUUGCUCAGUGCUGUCCAGGCGAAAGAAGCUCUUGAAAGGGAAGUUAAGAUUUUCCAAGAAAGGCUGCUUGCUGGCCAGCGGGUCUGGGAGGCCUCGAAGCAGGAGCUGAGCCUGUUGAAGAAAAGCUCUUGCGAGUUGGAGAAGAGUUUGAGGGCCAGUCUGGAUGCGGCCGCAGCCUCAAAAAGCCAACACUCCUCAUUUAGGGAGAAAAUUGCAGCCCUCCUUAGGGGCAGCGUGGGCUUGGUGAGGUCCACCGAGGAUGCCAUUUUGGAGGGGAUUCAAGAAAUGGGCAGCCAGGAAGAGAGCAGGAAGAGGAUGGUCUCCCAGCUUGAAGCCCAAAUAUCCGAGCUUGUUGAACAGUUGGGAAAUGAGUCUGGGUUUCACCAGAAGGCUCUACAGAGAGCCCAGAAAGCAGAAAACAAGUUGGAAGCUCUUCAGAGUCAGCUGACACACUUGGAGGGAGAGCUGGUGUCUGGAGAUGUUUUGAGAGACAACUUGAAUUUUGAGAAACAAAAAUAUCUUAAAUUUCUGGAUCAGCUCUCAGAAAAAAUGAAAUUGGACCAGAUGACUGCUGAACUUGGCUUUGAUAUGCGUCUGGAUGUAGUUUUAGCUCGUAUGGAGCAGCUGGUCCGCCUCGAGAGCAACGCAGUCAUUGAAAACAAGACCAUCGCCCACAAUUUACAGAGAAAGCUAAAGACUCAGAAAGAAAGACUGGAGAGCAAAGAAUUGCACAUGAGCCUCCUCCGGCAGAAAAUAGCCCAGCUGGAGGAAGAGAGGCAGGUGCGGACGGCCCUGGCCGUGGAGAGGGACGAGGCCAAUCUUACCGUAAGGAAGCUACAGAAGAAGGUGCAGAGGCUGCAGAUGGAUCUGAGCCUGUGUCGAGAAUCAAACACUGAGCUCAAAGCCAAACUGGCUGACACCAGUGAGCUCAAGAUUAAAGCUUUGGAACAGACCAAAGCCAUUGAAGACCUAAGUAAAUCCAGAGACAAACUGGAAAAGAUGAAGGAGAAAGCUGAGAAAAAGCUGAUGUCUGUCAAGUCAGAACUGGAUACCACAGAGCAUGAGGCUAAGGAGGAUAAAGAAAGGGCCAGGAACAUGAUAGAAGUGGUAACCAGCGAAAUGAAGACACUAAAAAAAUCCCUGGCAGAAGCAGAAAAGAGAGAAAAGCAGCUGGUGGACUUCAGAGAGGUGGUUUCCCAGAUGCUGGGCUUGAACAUGACCAACCUCACUCUUCCCGAUUAUGAAAUCAUCAAAUGUCUUGAAAGGCUGAUCCAUUCACAUCAGCAUCACUUUGUCACUUGUGCCUGCCUCAAGGAUGUGACUACUGGGCGAGAUAGGCACUUGAAAGACCACUUAAAACUUCUUCAUUGAACACACCAUAUCUCUUGAGGGAGGUGGAACUAAGAGAUAGUGGAUGCAAUUCUCAAUUUCACAAAUUCCCCAAAUCUUUGAAAUUUGAUCAGUGUGUGAAUAUUGUAUACUUUGAUGACAGAGCUAGACUCCAUCAUCAGCCAAAGAAGGAUCUGUAGGU